AUGGCAUCUAUAGUUUUAUUGGUUUUUCUGCUUACAUCAGUGAGAUCUAUAGCCUCCCUUGAAUGUUAUUCUUGCACCAGUAUUGACGACUUGGAAUCUUGCCACAACAUAUCACAAUGUCAUCAAGGACAGGCGUGCUAUACAAAUUCGCAUGCUAAUGGACAAACGCGGACCUUUACACUUGGAUGUAUUGAUAAUCAGCAAUGUGGAACAAUUACGGCCGCAGGAGGUCCCGGAAUAGUCGGGCGAGAUAUCAAUGAACGUCAAACCGAUAACUGCCAUGAAUGUUGUGGAUCAGAUCAUUGUAAUAACCGUCUGUGCAGUCACUUAAAACCGUCUGCAUGCAUUGAUGAUGCCAAAGUCGACUGUCCAUUUCUGAGUGGACUCUUCAACAUAUGCCAGGAUAUUCACCACGCCAAAACAGUUUGUCCUAAAUUCCGUCAAUUAUGUUCUUUAGUUGACGGAAAUUGGGCGGAAUGGUCCCAGUGGUCAGAAUGUGAUGUAACAUGCGAAACUGGACAACAGACAAGAAAGAGGACGUGCACAAAUCCGGCUCCUGAAAAUAAAGGCCUUGACUGUGAGGGGAACUCAACUGAUUUCAAAGUUUGUCUUAAGCAACCUUGUCCAGUCCAUGGUGGUUGGACACUUUGGUCCGAGUGGGAGAAGUGCUCAGUUACAUGUGAUGUUGGUAUUCAGAGGAGACAUCGGAACUGCUCGAAUCCAUAUCCGUCAAAAUACGGGGAUCAUUGUUUCGGCGACACUUUGGAUGACAGAAUUUGCAUGCCGGGACCAUGCUCAAACGGUGGAUGGUCUACGUGGGCUGGCUGGACAAGCUGCAGUUUGUCAUGUGGUGGAGGUUUGCGCUCUCACUCCAGAAGCUGUACAAAUCCAAGACCUUCGUCACUAGGGAAGUUUUGUGACGGCACUCCUUCUGAGGUGGAAUUGUGUAACACAGAGUCAUGUGAUGAUGGACCUGUCAUUAGUUUCAUGGCCCGAACUGUCACAAAAACCUCCGGAAGUAACAAUGAAGUGAUGAUAUUUUCUUCAACCGUACUGAAUGAGGGAGGAGCCUACCACUCUUCUAACGGAACAUUCUACACCCCAGUUAAUGGCGUCUACCAUUUCAAUGUGCAUUUAUGCUCAUCUUCUCAGAACACUAUCGUUUACGGUAUAUUUGUGAACAAUCAGUUAUAUAUGAAAGGUAUUGGGUACUACGAACGUAAUAGUGCAUGUGGAAAUACUGAAGCAAUUGUAAAAUUGAGUAUUGGUGAUACUGUUAACGUGAGGCAUGGCGAUGGUGGUAAUUACCGUUUAUAUCAAGACGAUUACAGAUGGAAUUCAUUUACUGGAUUUCUGGUCCGUAAAAUUUAGAUGAGUUUACUUGCUUUUUGAUUUUCAAAUGAAAUACAUUUUAUACCUAAAGGUCAGAGUCAUUUGAUUAGAAUUUAGGGCAUAUUUUUUAUCCAUUUUGAUAACAGCCGCAUAAUAUUACGUAUUAAGAAAUGUAGAUUUGAUUAAAAAUAGCAAUAAAUACUUCUGAAUGCUUGGGGUUGUCGGGUAAAAAAUAUGUAUUAGCAUUCUAUUAAACGGUUACAAGUUAUGAAGGCCAGUAUAUAUAUAUAUACAGAAAUUUAAAGUGAAUACUGACAAAAUAAAGACUAUCAUUUUCAGACAAGCAUGUAUUUAUUUGUACGCAAUUACGUGGGGUUUUUUUUUUUAUAGAUAGUUCAAAAACAAAAUACUAGAUCUACUGACAAACAAGUGUGGCAAAUAAAAGUUGUAAAAUGUUGUUAUUUUAAAACAAGUUUGUGUUAUAUAUAGAAAGGUAA